AUGUUGAGAAUCCCGGUUCCCAUCCAGGACCGACUGUCCAACAACGUCUCCGUCAUCACUGGCGGCGGCGGUGCCAUCGGAUUGUCCACUGCCAUCCGCUUCAUCCACGAGCGUGCACGUGUGGCGCUGGUCGACGUCAGCCCCGAAGCCCUGGUCGCUGCAAAAGAGCGCAUUGCGGCGGCGUUGCCUCCAGCCGCGCAGCUCGACCAUCGACUCCUGGUCCUGCAAGCGGACGUCACCUGUGAAGCAGACGUUGAGAGGUGUUUCGGCCAAGUAUUGCAAAAAUGGGGGCGCGUCGACUGCGCUUUUCUCAAUGUGGGCAUUAGCUACGCAAGCAAGAGUCUCCUCGACACAUCAGAAGACGAUUACGAUCGCAUCAUGCACGUCAAUGUCAAGUCUGCGUUCCUCACCCUCAAGCAUGCAGCAGCAGCAAUGAAAGCCCAGGCCCCUGCCGGAGGUAGCAUUGUCCUCACCUCGUCCAUUGCGGGCCUGCGCGCUACCCCGGGCCUAUCCCUGUAUUCGACGAGCAAGUUUGCAUUACGCGGCCUCGGCCAGACUGCCGCUGCGGAGCUCGGCCAAUAUGGAAUCCGCGUCAACACAAUCCAUCCGAGCGGCGUCGAUACACCCAUGUUCCGCCUGGCUUGGACCGAAGAGAAGAUCGAGGAGCUGAAAAACGCUGUUCCUUUGGGGAGAGUGGCCCAAGUCGAUGAUGUUGCCGGUGUGGUGAGCUGGUUGGCCAGCGACGAUGCAAGCUUCAUCAAUGGAGCAAUCAUCAAAGUCGACGGCGGUGCUGUAUCAUUCUGA